GCUGCACAUAGGAAUAGAUUUAGCAAUGGGGUGGCCUGGCUUUAAAAAUGAUGCCACAGAAAUAAUUCAACGACACACUGAUAAAACUGACCCAGCCAUAGAAAGUGACUCUCCUAGUGACAAUUAUACACUCAAUCAAGCUAAGCAUGGUGGACGAUACUUACCUCAAACUACUGAUGCCACAGAAGCAUCUGACUUCAGUUGUCGAGAGCUGCACUCCACUCAAUACAUAUCAGAUGGUCUGUGUCGCAGUCUUAAACCUGUCAAGGAGCUUGUCUGCUCGGGACAGUGUUUGCCUUCCCACCUUCUCCCAAAUUCCAUAGGUCGAGGCAAAUGGUGGAGGCAGAAUGCUAUGGAUUAUCGCUGUGUUCCCGCUCACAGUCAUACCCAACGCAUCCAGCUGCUUUGUCCUGAGAAUGAGAUGAGAACAUACAAAAUCCGAUUGGUGACAUCAUGUCGAUGCAAACGCUACACUCGUUUUCACAACCAAUCAGAGCUAAAAGAUGUUGGAAAGGACGUUGGAAAACCUCCAAAGAACAAGAAGCCCCGACUUGCUCGGAUGAGGUCUAAAACAAAUCAUCAUGAACUGAAAAAUGCAUAUUAGAUUACCAUUGAUUAGUUUAAGAAGUGGCUAGUUAAAUAUUGUAAAAGGCUAUCCAGUUGACAGGAGUAAAAUAUAAGCCGCUGUUGACCUAUGGAGCUCUUACAGAUUAUGUCUAGGAAUCUGUGCUAGAUAUUUCAGAUUAUAGUAUGUUAAUCUGAUCACUAGCCCUAGAUUACUCUGAGCAAGCAAUAGGAAAAGAUGUAGAGUGGAUGGUUAAACUGAAGUGGAAAAAAAAUCUUAUAUGCAUUAUAUACUGCAGUUUAUCUCAGCUCAUAUUGCAAGAGAAAGCAACAUUUAAUUUGUCUUUUAUAUAUAACUGGUAUUUUGAAUAUGCAGGCAGUAAUACAUGAUUGUGAGAAGCACUUGAAUAGGAUUAACGCCAUAAUACAUGUUACAGGGAUUAAUUAACUGGCUGAAACUGUUAAAGGGAUUCUUCCAAAUUUGAAAAACAUCCAUAUUCAUAAAGUGUAUUCAUGAAAAUCGAUUCAGAGCUGAUGCUAAAUAACUUUAGAAUAAUUUAGACAGCCUGAGUUUUUUUUUUGUCUGCAAAACUCUGCAAAAGUGCA